AUGUCUGCCGCACCCCGCACCGUCGCCAUCGUCGGCUGCCCCUUCUCCGGCGGUCAGGGCCGCUCCGGCGUCGACACGGGCCCCAACUCGCUCGUGGCUGCCGGCCUGCCGGCGUCGCUCGAGGAGCUGGGCUGGAAGGUCGAGUUUGACGGGCACCAGCAGUUCGAGCACAUCAACGAGCUCGUCGGCAGCGACGCACCCAUCGGCGUCAUGAAGAACCCGCGCGCGGUCAGCGAGGUCUCGCGCCUCGUCGCCGCUGCCGUCGAGGCCAAGCUGCGCGAGCACAAGCUGCCGCUCACCCUCGGCGGCGACCACAGCCUGGCACUCGGCACGAUCAGCGGCACGAAGCGCGUGCACCCCGACGCCGCCGUGCUCUGGAUCGACGCUCACGCCGACAUCAACACGCCGUCGACGACGCCCAGCGGCAACCUGCACGGUUGCCCCGUCUCCUUCCUGCUCGGCCUGCCCGGCACCGACGUGGCGCCCUUCAAGGACUGGCUGCCCGCCAAGCCGGCGCUGCAGGCGCAGGAUAUCGUCUACAUCGGCCUGCGCGACAUUGACUCGGGCGAGCGCAAGAUUCUGCGCGAGAACGGCAUCAAGUGCUACUCGAUGCACGAGGUGGACCGGUAUGGCAUUGGUAAGGUCGUGGACAUGGCGCUCGACCACGUCAACGGCGGCUCGUCGCGCAAGCGGCCCAUCCAUCUCUCCUUCGACGUCGAUGCGCUGGACCCCAGUGUCGCGCCGAGCACGGGCACGCCGGUCCGAGGCGGCCUUACCUUCCGCGAGGGCCACUACAUCUGCGAGGCGCUCUACGAGACGGGCAGCAUCGUGGCGAUGGACUUGAUGGAGGUGAACCCGUCGCUGAUGCAGGACCACGCCGAGCAGACGAUUGCCAUCGGCUGCUCGCUGAUCCGCAGCGCCAUGGGCGAGACGCUGCUGUGAGGAGCAGGAGCGUCAAAGUCCGGCGACAGAUGCUGCGACACGGCCAGGUCGAAGGCUGCGACAGGGCAGACCUUGAGAUGCAGGAGAGAAGGCGUCACUGUCGAUACACACAUACACGCGAGCCGGCACUAAUCAUCAGUUGUGCAUUCGCGGCUGGCACACGUCGCUCACUGCCUUUCGAGGAAGCUGUGCGCCAAGCGCAUGUCCGAUCUG